AGCUUGAAACUAAAAAGCCAAAAUUACAUAGCAACCACCUUCAGCCAAAAUUAAUUGCAAGGAUAUGAAUGUGUCAUGGUUUGUAUGAUCAAAUAUGAUAUCAAAAUCUUAGUUACCAACUCUUCUUUAAUUUCCAUGUCACACUCUCUUUCUCUCCCUCAUUAACUUUAUAUAUAUUUCCUCUACUACCCAUUUAUUUAAAUGGCCACACAUCUAGAAUGCUUCUUCCUCAAACUUGAGCCCCUUCUCACAAUGGCAAGAACAUUUCUAGUUUGGUUCUUGUGUCUUGGGGUGCCUUGUUUCUUUGUAAUUAUUGAUGGUGGAGUUUAUGGAGAUCAGAACUUGCAUCCAAGAACCAUUUCUGGUGCCAAUCACUACCAUAAAGAUAUAAGAAGAUUACAAGCCUUUAAGGCCUCUCUUACUAGACAUGGUUCUGUUGCUUCAACAUCUUCUUCAUUUUCAUCCUCUUUUGCUUCUUCCCCUUUGCUAUCUGAGGGUGUGAACAAUCCACGCGUAUACCACGUGACAUCGUAUGGGGCAGAUCCAAGUGGGAAUUCAGACAGCACAGAAGCAAUUCUUGCAGCCAUAGCAGAUGCAGCCAAGGUUCCAAGUCAAGGACAGUUGAUGCAGGGCAUCACUGAUCUUGGAGGUGCCCAUGUUGAUCUUGAGGGUGGUAGCUACCUCAUCAGCCGUCCACUGCGCUUGCCGGCCGCCCGUCUAGGGAACCUCAUGAUACAUGGUGGAACUAUAAGAGCCUCAAAUAACUUUCCAGAAGAUGGGUACCUCAUUGAUUUUUCCCGUUCUUCACCCUACAAUUUUGAGUACAUAAGCUUGAAGGACCUCUUGUUAGACUCAAACUUCAGAGGUGGGGGCAUUUCAGUAAUUAACUCACUCAGAACUAACAUAGACAACUGUUACAUUACACACUUCACCACAAAUGGAAUUUUAGUCCAAAGUGGUCAUGAGACAUACAUUAGAAACACUUUUCUUGGCCAGUACGUAACCGCUGGAGGUGAUAAAAAUGAAAAGAAUUUCUCCGGGACCGGAAUAAGUCUCCUCGGCAACGAUAACGCCGUCACGGAUGUUGUCAUCUUCUCUGCAGCUAUAGGAAUAAUGGUAACGGGUCAGGCCAACACGUUCUCCGGCGUGCAUUGUUACAAUAAGGCCACCGGAUUCGGAGGGACCGGGAUAUAUCUGAAGCUGCCGGGGCUAACACAGACAAGGAUUGUGAAUUCUUACAUGGAUUACACGAGUAUCGUCGCCGAGGAUCCGGUCCAGCUCCAUGUCUCUAGCAGUUUCUUCCUUGGUGAUGCCAACAUUGUCCUUAAAUCAGUGAAAGGUGUUGUGAAUGGAGUCAGCAUUGUUGAUAACAUGUUUUCAGGGUCCAGUUCUGGGGUGGAGAUUGUUCAAUUGGACCAAUCAAACAACAGUUUCAACCAAAUUGAUCAAGCUAUUGUUGAUAGGAACAUUGUGAGGGGAAUGAAUUUGAAGGCCACAGUGGCAAAAAUGUCAAUUCGAGGGAAUGGAACAUUAUGGAAUGUUGAUUUUAGUAAUGUUCUGCUUUUUCCAAACCUUAUCAGAAAUGUUCAGUACUCAUUAAGCUCUAGUGGUGGAACAUUCCCUAAUCAUGCUUUGAGGAAUGUAUCUGAGAACAAGGUUGUGAUUGAAACAAGUGAAGCAGUGGAUGCAAAUGUUUUUGUUACUGUGGAUCAGAGUAUGGUAAAUUGAUUGAACAGGUUUUGAACUUUGUAGAGUGACCAAAACAAUAUAAUUCAAUUUAUUUGGUCAUUUUUAUUUAGUCCUAAGUUCUAAGUGGAGGGAAUUUUUUGGAUAUGAUAUGAGCAUGUCUUUGUUGCCAAGUCUUCCUUUCUUUAUUAUCUGGACAGAGUUAAUUAAACAUUAUAUA